GCUAAUGCUUUGAGUCGUAGGCUAGCGAGGAAUGCGUAGGUCAUUUUUGGCUCAUAAAUGCCCUAAUGCAAUCAGUUUUGGCAUUUAUUUCAUGAAAAAUAUUAUCUUAAAAACUGGUCACCAAACUGUAGAAAUGCUAAGACGAAACAAUUGGAACAUCUUUACAGGUUUUAUGGAUGGAAAUCGUGUUUAUUGUAGAACAACGCGGGUCAAAGGAACGAGAUAUAUAUGGCUUAAUUUUGCCUCGAAGCUUACAAAUUAUUUAUGGACUUCUGAUUAGAUUUCAAGGACUGUGCACCCUCCGUGAAAACCACCUGUUUUACUAUUUUUUCUCACCCCUGGCAAGUCGCUUGAACAAGGUUGCGAGAUUAUUUGUGUAGUCCUAAAGAACUUACAAUAGUCAAAAUGUCUUUUUCCAUGGAGCAAAGAAUUCAAGCUGAAAGUCGUGGAUUUAAACCUGCUGAGGUAUUAGAACUAAAUCUCGACAACUGUCGGACAACGGGACAAGUGGAAGGUCUGACGGAAAAUUUUGUGAAUCUGGACUAUCUAUCGCUAAACAAUGCAGGCCUAACUUCGCUAAAGAAUUUCCCUAAACUACCGAAUUUAAGACGUCUCGAGCUUAGCGAUAAUCGAAUAUCAUCCGGCCUGCAUCACUUACAGGGAUUUCAAAAACUCACGCAUCUAAAUUUAAGCGGUAAUAAAAUCAAAGACUUCGAAACCCUCAAGCCUUUGACGGAGUUAUCCAACUUAAAAAGUCUUGACUUGUAUAAUUGUGAAGUCACAAAUGUUGAAAAUUACCGAAGCGAAGUGUUCAAGUUAUGUCCGUCGCUAAAAUAUUUGGAUGGCUAUGACAAAUUCGAUAAAGAAGCGGACGAAACAGAUUCUUCAGCGGACGAGGAUGACGACGAUGAAGCAAGUGAGGGUGGUGAUGAUGAAGUUGGUGAGGAUGAAGAUGAGGAUGGUCUUGAUGAUGACCUAGAUGAUGAUGAAAACGAGGUUGUUGAUAACGAAGAAGAGGAGGAUGAUAAUGAGGAUGAUGAUGAUAACGAUGACGACGAUGAUAACGAUGAAGAUGAUGAUGAUGAAGGAGAUGAUGAAACUGGAUUAGAAUAUUUACAAAGAGACAACCUUCAGGAGGAAGACGAUGAGGGUGAUGACUUCGAACCCGAUGAAGAUGGUGAAGAUGAGGAUGACGAUGAUCCUGACUUUGAUGAAGGUGAUGCUGAUGCAGCUGAUGAUGCAGGCAUAGACGUGUUGACUAUUCGCAACGAAGUCAAAUUAAUAAUGGCGGAAUACCAAGUGAAAGUUGCUGGAGAAGCGGUGGUUCAACAACCAACGCAGACCUCGGAUGCUGAAAAUUGGCUCAAUCUUGAUCACGAAGAUGUAUCCCAGUUCAACAUGGCGGUUCGGUGGAUUUUGACAAUCUUUGUAUUUUUUUGUAGUUUCUUUGAAUAUCUCACUGAAGACAGCCAACGCAUAAACCGUUUUGAAUACAAAUUUAGCUUUAAAGGUCCCCAUCUUAUUAAUAAAAGUGGACAAGUGCCUUUCUGGACAGUUGGUGGAAGUGCUAUUCCUAGCGAUGAUCAAGUUAGAAUUACACCUUCUUUGAGGGAUAAAAAAGGUUACAUGUGGUCAAAUAAUCAGUAUUCUGCAGACUCUUUUGAAAUUGAAGUGACUUUAAAAGUCACUGGCCAGGGUCGUGGUGCAGAUGGAAUGGCCAUAUGGUUUGUCGAACAGCAAAGUAAGGAGGGCUCAGUUUAUGGAGGCCAAAGUCCCUGGAAAGGAUUGGGCAUCUUUUUGGAUUCAUUUGAUAAUGAUGGCCAAAACAACAAUCCCUUUAUCUCCAUCAUGAUCAAUGAUGGUACAAUCAAUUAUGACCACCACAGAGAUGGCCAUAAUCAGAUCCUUGGUGGAUGCCUAAGAAAUUUCAGAAAUCGUCCACAUCCUGUCCGUGUAAAAGCUCGUUACAACGCAAACAUUUUAACAAUUUGGUUCCACCAAGGAAUGUCUGAAAAACCAGAAUUUGAACUAUGUACCAGAGUAGAAGACAUUCAUUUGCCAAAGGCCGGCUUUUUUGGGGUUUCUGCUGCUACUGGAGGGCUUGCAGAUGAUCAUGAUGUCAUUUCAUUCUUAACACACAGCAUAACAUCAGUUUCUGAUGGGGAAAAGAAAAUGUCAGAGGAUGAACAAAAGAAGUUAUCUGAGCAAUAUGAUCAAAUGGCAGAAAAAUUCCAAAAGGAAAAGGAAGAAUUUGCUAAAGCCCAUCCAAAAGAACCAUCUCCUGAAUCACAGUUUGAGACAUCUUAUGAUCGUGAUCUGAGGUUGAUUUAUGAAGGUCAAAAUGCUGUGCAUUAUAUUGUGAACAAUCUCCACAAGAAGACUGGGGAAUUAUCAACACAAGUGAAUGACCUUCAACAAUUCAUGACUGAAGGCAAACUUAGUGGUGGAGGAGGAGAAUCUAUCACCAAACAGGAAAUCAAUAGUAUCGUCAAUCUGCAAAAUCAAUUAAAAAGUAGUAUGGAAGAAGUGAAGAAUAUGGUGCAUGGUCUUGAUGCUGGUAAAGUAAAGCGAAACAGGAGAUAAUGGUGACAACACAGCUACUGAAUUGAGUAGCUACAGUAGCAUGGAAAUGAUGAUGGAAACGUUAAUCAUUUGGUUACCAAACAACAGGUUGCUGGGAAAGAUGACGGAAAGCCUUGUCCAGUUGUGGAAAUGCCAAAUUGUAUAGGACCUGGUUAUUUUGUAUUCCUUGUUAUUGUUCAAAUAAUUGUUCUUGUAACAUACUUUACAUAUAAAAGUCAACGAGAUGCUGCCAAGAAAUUCUUCUGAUAUUGAAGAAAUGGCAAGUUUAGGCUUUCCUUUGCUCUUGUAUGUGCAAACGAAAAACAUAUCAGUUUGCAGAUAUUUUUGAAAUUUAUAAAUUGGAAUGAGUUUGAAUCACUCUAUUGGCCCAAGUUAAUUGGGUUGUAUUGACACAUACAGCAAAGUUUAUAUAUAAGAUUUAGAAGUGAAUUGGACAUAUGACUAAAUAUUGUUUAAAGAAAAUAGCUAUACGUAUAAUUUACAUGAGAUAAGAGAUAUUCCAUCAAGAUCAUAACCCUAUUUAUUGAAAAACAUUGGAGAAAUUUUUUUUUUAUCAAAGCUGAUAUUAAAUUGAUAAAUUACAGUUGUGAAACAUCAAAA